AUGGCUACCAACGGCGAUUUCUCCGACGAGUCCCUUCCAGGCAGCCCCAACCUCGAUGCCACCAACGCCCAGGACUUUGACGACCAGGAGCCUCUCGACGAGAAGCCUCUCAAGUCCGCGAUGAAGAAGUCCGCCGCCCCGCCUCUCGAGGCUCCCAAGCGUCCCUGGCUCCCUGAGCAGCCCGACCCAACUACCCUGGAUCUCUCUACACUGUCGCCCUUGUCGCCCUUGGUUAUUGCCCGUCAGGCCACUCAGAACAUCGGUACCAUCGGUAAGGCUGCCAUUAGUCGAACGAGUUAUGCGGGAACUCCGUUAUUGACAAAGUUCGAAUCCAAUAGGGCACGUCGCACACGGUAA